GAGGACGGACCUAAGAUGGCGGCCUCCGUAGGUACCUGAAAGGACUUCUCAUGUCAGCGAACGGAGCGGUGUGGCAGCGCGUGCGGAGCCGUUUCCGCGCUUUCCCAGAGCGCCUGGCGGCUUGCGAGGCCGAGGCCGUGGCGUAUGGCAAGUGCGUGCAAGCCUCCACCACCCCGGGCGGUCGCCUGAGCAAGGACCUUUGUGCGCGAGAGUUCGAGGCCCUGCGGAGCUGCUUUGUUUCUGCGGCCAAGAAGAGCCUGAAGGGAGGCUCCUAGGAAGGACCUGAGCUCUGACCCUUGCAUCUACCACUCCUGUAGACACAGGUGCCACGUGGGGAUGGUGCCCAUGGACCGCUGUGCAGGCUGAAGGAAGUGGGAGUGGCCAAGUUCUCAGGGUCACCUUGUACAUUGGGCAGGAUGAGAAUUUGUUCUGUAGCACUGUGUGCAGAACAGUCUGAGUUAGAUUGAGAUGUAACCAAAACAGCAAUAAAGACUGUUAAAUCUUA